GUUAUAAUGGCUAUGCGCACUUAUGCUCUCUACGGUUGUAGCCAAUAUCUGCUUACCUGGAUGACCAUCAUUAUCAUUGCUCUUGCGGGAGUGGUUUGUGCCGUCACUUUUGCACAAGUUUCAGGUGAUGCAGCAAUCUUGCCAGGAAUUGGCUGUUAUGAAGUAUAUACAGCAGAGACAGCCGCCCGAAUUGGGCUGGCAUGGGUGGCCUUCUUUGUUUUCGAUUUACUUAUCUUCGUCCUCACAGUGUACAGAAUCUGCAAAACUAGGGGUUUACCACGAUUAUCUCUGACAACCACGAGAAAUAUCAUGGAUGUCAUAUUUCAGGAUGGUACGAUGUAUUUUGGAGCUAUGGCACUGAUUCAUAUACCAAACAUCCUGACAUACUAUUCUGGUUCAGUUGCUAUCAGAGGCAGUCUGUGCAAUUUCACCAGCUGUAUAUCCGUUACUCUCAUUUCUCGGCUGAUGCUUAACCUGCACAAGACCAUUCACACUGGUAUUUUCUCCACCAACGUCCGGGACGACGAGUACUGCCUCGAUGUCCUUACCACCAGGGUAGACGUACAGUCCGCUAUCUCCUCUCACUAUUGGUAGGCUAGUAUUGAAUCUUGUGUCUGGAUGCCAAGCUGGGAGUGAAAGCUAUUUCCAAACCUUUUUUCGAAGGCAGCGCAGUAUGACAGGGUGGUGGACGAUGCUCCAUCCCGUGCUGGCGGCUAUGCGUACCUAAAAUCUAUGUUACUUCUGGCUGAUUAUUGACCAAUUAAAUUAUGGACGCUUUCAUCCAUAACGUCAUAACAUUUGAUCGCUCAUCUUUCGUAGACUUGACACAAACGGGUUGUUUCUCUCACAAUAUAUGUCGUUGAGAUUCA